AUCUCCAAUAGAUUCAUAAGCACAUCGCCUAUCUCAAGAAACGUUUUAAAGGGGAAAACUUCAAAUAAACCAUUAUUUGCCAAAGAAUCUGUUAAAUUAUCACAAUGGAAAAUUAUUAGAGAUUUAAUGUCAUACCUUUGGCCAAAGGAUAAAUUUUCUUUCAAAGUUAGAGUUGUAAUUGCAUUAUCAUUUUUGAUCUUGGCCAAAUUAUUAAACGUCCAGGUUCCCUUUUUCUUCAAAUCCAUCAUUGAUGGGAUGAAUAUAGAUUGGACAAAUGAAGUAGGCACGGUAACUGCAAUCAUUGGUGGUACUAUCUUAGCUUAUGGUGGUGCUAGAUUUGGUGCAGUCUUGUUUGGUGAAUUAAGAAAUGCCAUCUUUGCCACUGUUGCACAAUCGGCUAUUAGAAAUGUUGCACAAAAUACUUUUAAACAUUUAUUAAGCUUGGAUUUAGGUUUCCAUUUAUCAAGACAAACUGGGGGGUUAACAAGAGCAAUCGAUCGUGGUACUAAAGGUAUUUCAUACGUUUUAACUGCAAUGGUGUUCCAUAUCCUGCCUAUUACUUUUGAAAUCUCAGUGGUUUCUGGGAUUUUAACUUAUAACUAUGGUGCUCAAUUCGCUGCUGUUACAUUAUUAACAAUGUUGGCAUAUUCAAUAUUCACAAUUAGAACCACUGCGUGGAGAACAGGCUUUAGAAGAAAGGCAAAUAAUGCAGAUAAUCAAGCUGCUAGUGUUGCAUUAGAUUCAUUAAUCAAUUUCGAAAGUGUUAAAUAUUUUAAUAAUGAAGCUUACCAGGCCAAGAAAUAUGAUAAUGCCUUAGCCAAGUAUCAAGAUUAUUCAAUCAAGAUUGCAACUUCAUUAGCGUUCUUGAAUUCUGGUCAAAAUGUUAUCUUUACAAGUGCAUUAACUGCAAUGAUGUAUAUGGCUGCAGAUGGUGUUGCCACUGGUGCCUUAACUGUUGGUGAUUUGGUGUUGAUUAAUCAAUUGGUUUUCCAAUUAUCCGUUCCUUUGAAUUUCCUUGGUUCUGUUUAUAGAGAAUUGAAACAAUCAUUAUUAGAUAUGGAAACUUUAUUCAAAUUACAAAAAAAUGAAAUCCUGAUUCAAAAUAAACCAGGUGCAAUACCAUUAAACCUAACAAAAGGUGAAAUUAAAUUUGAAAAUGUCACUUUUGGUUAUCAUCCAGAUCGUCCAAUUUUGAAAAAUGCAACUUUUACAAUCCCUGGAGGUGAAAAAGUUGCCAUUGUGGGACCCUCUGGUAGUGGUAAAUCAACAAUUCUAAGAUUAGUUUUCAGAUUUUAUGAUAUUCAAUCAGGUAGAAUCUUGAUUGAUGGUCAAGAUAUUAGAGAAGUUGAUUUAGAUUCAUUAAGGAGAGCAAUUGGUGUUGUUCCACAAGAUACCCCAUUAUUCAAUGAUACCAUUUUGGAAAAUGUCAGAUAUGGUGACCUUAAUGCGUCAGAUGAAGAAGUUCAAAGAGUGAUUAGAGAAGCUCAAUUGGAUAAAUUGAUUCAUGAUUUACCAGAAGGUUUAAACACUAUAGUUGGUGAAAGAGGUAUGAUGAUUUCAGGUGGUGAGAAGCAAAGAUUAGCAAUUGCUAGAUUAUUGUUGAAAAAAUCACCAAUAACAUUCUUUGAUGAAGCUACAAGUGCAUUAGAUACCCAUACUGAACAAUCUUUAUUGAAGACUAUAAGAACAAUCUUUAGAGAGAAUUCAAAUACCAACAUUUCAAUCGCACAUAGAUUAAGAACAGUUGCUGAUUCUGACAAGAUCAUUGUGUUGGAGAAGGGUCACGUUAGAGAAGAAGGUGAUCAUUACUCUUUAUUACAAAAACCAGAUUCUCUGUAUGCUGAAUUAUGGAACAUUCAAGAAAAUUUAGAUUUGGAUGAAGAAUUAUUAGCCAAUGAUCAAGAAAAGGAGAAAGAUUUGACUGAUAAGAAAUAAAUUGCUUGUAUAUUAUUAUGAUUACGAAAAAAAACCAAAAUAAAAAUAAAUAUAUGUAUUUAGAUAUUCCUGGGCUUUAAUUAGACAUUGACUAAUUCUAAUCUUCUGUAACCACCACCACAAGCUCUACAUUCUUCUUGAUGUUCAAGCAUUAAUUCUUGAGCCUUGGUUGGAUCAGAAACUUCUUUAGGUUCUGGCCAUGAUAAAUAAUCAUUUGAAUAGUUGGAUUGAUAAU